AUGGGCAACCUCUGCGGCAAAGAGUCUCCCUCUCCCUCAGACGCCUUCGCCAAACCCGGCCGUACCGUCGGUUCCGCGCCCCCUCCAAACCAGAACACCACCGCCGCCCUCCCAAAGAAAGUCCAGGUCGGCGGGCCUCCGCGGACCCUAGGCUCGAACCCAUCGCCGAACCCUCAUCAAAGCAGCAGCAACAGUACGCAGGAGGACGCGAGGAGGAAAGCCGCAGAGGCGGCGGAGGCCAGAGCGAAUGCGCAGAAACCGAAGGGGAAGCUAGGGGCCCAGUUGCUGGAGCAGAAGAAGCAGACGCAGAGUCAGACCUUGGAUGCGCUGAGUCGAGACGAGAGGAGGGCGAGGGACGCCGAUGCUGCGGCAGAUACGAGGGCUUACAAUUAA